GACGCAUUUUGGGCUCGUUGUAAACCAGGAAGCGGUGUAGCUGUAGUGGAAAGUCGCUAGCCUGGUGGCUAACGUCAUUGGAGACUGAGAGCCGUGAAACGAAGUGACAGCCGAGUAGUUUGGGAGGAAAAGCGGUCGUCAGGCCAUUGAGUACAGCUCGGGUUCAGACGUGUGAUCGCCAUGUCAGAAACAUACGAUUUCCUGUUCAAGUUCCUUGUGAUCGGCAGCGCCGGGACUGGGAAAUCCUGCCUUCUGCAUCAGUUUAUUGAGAAUAAGUUUAAACAAGACUCUAAUCACACCAUCGGCGUGGAAUUUGGUUCGAGGGUUGUCAAUGUUGGUGGAAAAACAGUCAAACUGCAGAUCUGGGAUACGGCAGGACAGGAGCGCUUCAGGUCAGUGACUCGUAGCUAUUAUAGGGGUGCAGCUGGGGCUCUUCUUGUCUACGACAUCACAAGCCGAGAGACCUACAAUGCUUUGACUAACUGGCUGACUGAUGCUCGGACACUGGCCAGCCCCAACAUUGUUAUCAUCCUUUGCGGUAACAAGAAAGAUUUGGACGCGGACCGUGAGGUCACCUUCCUAGAAGCAUCUCGUUUUGCCCAGGAGAAUGAGUUGAUGUUUAUGGAGACGAGUGCAUUAACUGGGGAGAAUGUUGAAGAAGGUUUUCUCAAAUGUGCUCGCACGAUCCUUAAUAAGAUAGAGUCUGGUGAGCUGGACCCUGAAAGGAUGGGCUCCGGCAUUCAGUAUGGUGAUGCAUCCCUGAGGCAGUUGAGGCAGCCACGAGGCUCUACUGCACAAACCAAGCAGCAGUGUAACUGCUAGGGAUGGGACACGCUCCCUCUCCCCUGCACACAACCUCUCCUGCUUCAGCUCCAGGUGUGUCUGAGUGUCAUCAUUUCCCCCUCUCAAACCUGCUGGGACACCUAGAAACAUCUGGAUCACUUUUUAUGAAGUCCAUCUGCAACGUGCAUCUGCAUCCACUGAGCUUUAGAAAUGGCCCUUCGGUCAUGAAGAGGCACCUCUGAUCAAGUCGAGGGAUAGUAAAAGUGGUGUGGAGGAAUUUUGCAGAUUUAACCUUAUCCUGUGAUUCUUGUGUGUAUGUGCACAAACACACUGACAUUGUUCUUGUAGAGUAAACAAUCAUCAGCCUAAUCUUUAUGCACCGGGCUGAAAUGUAGAUAAUAACAUUCCCUAUAUUUCAUACAGAGUUACUGACAUCAGCACAUUAGUUGACUUGCGUAUCCCCUGUUCAAAUUAAGGCUUAUUUAAUCCCUAGUAGAUAUUCUUUAUAAUGUGAACAGGGAUGCUGGUUGGAGCAACUUAUUCUUAUUCUGUCUGCACAGAUGUUUUUUUUUCCCCAGACAGUUUGCUCUUUCCGCAACAUUGCCCUGGCUUUAAGGUGAUAUUGCUCGUACGGUACAAUCUGUGUGUUUAGUGUAGGUGCAGCAAAUGUAGGCUAAGCCUUUGCUAUACAUCAUUGCGCUGGCUAUGCACCGAGAAAGAAAUAUUUGCGGCUGAGAACUCUAAGCACAAAGGGGAGAUGGUUGAUCGGCUCCUGCAGCAUAUCAGUUGUUCUCUGCAGAAUGGCUUGUGUAGGUUAUCACGCCGAUAUGCUAACCUGCAGAAACCACUUUGCACUGCAUUAUUUGAUGUAUCUAGCUGGUUUAUUUAUUGCUGUGAAACAAACCACUAAACUUUAGAAUAUAGAAUAGAUUUUAUUUUAUUUUAUUGAUCUACUCAAACAGAAAGUCAGCUUGGUGUCAUAUAAUGCAAAGUGUCCAAGCUGUAACAUGGCCCCAAAAUACAGCACUCUAAUAUGAAGUUAAAAUGCUUGUAAAAGAUUACUUUUUUUUUUGUAGUUUUUCUUUUUUUUUUUUUUUGUGCACAAAAAUCCAGAAUCCUGGCUUUUUUUGCACUGUGUGAUAAUUUGAGAAAUCACACACCACAAAGACCAGAAACCCUCUUCUCAUGGCCAGCUGAUUCCACCAAGAAAUGGCAGUUUGAAUGUGUUCGUUAUGUUUGUUCCCCUGCUUUCACACACCAAUCCUUUUCCAGCUUCUGUGUUUUAAAUGUUUUUGUCUCUGUGAUAUAUGCAGGUUCUCUUUCAGUUCUUUUUUUUCCCCCUCCUCUCUGCAAGUGCACUUUUUGACUGUUAAUAUACUGUACGUAUAGAGAUUUGUAAUUUGCAGUAAUCUAAAUAUUAUAUAGUGAUUAUUAUUAAGAAGUAAUUAAGAAUUAAGCUUAGUCCAGCUCUAUUUCAAUGCUCAAAAAUGAUGGUACUAGUGUUACUCUGGGUGUAAUGUAAAGACAGUGUAUUGCAAUAUACUGAGCAGUUUCAUUGAAUUCUUGCCUUCACAGGCUCGGUUCACUGACUGCAUGUCUGCAACUUGGGGGUUACAAAUCAUUUGAAGGUUUUACAUGUAAUACGGAUUUUAGUUCUACAUAAACUGGGCAUUAAAUCACAGAUCAUGUUCACUUGAUAAACAGCAAUUCCUGACAGGAAAUUCAGCACAAAUUUUUUAGCUGAUUGAUUGUUCCUGUAAAAUAGAGAACAGAGACCCUAUAUAACAACAUGAGUGCACAGGCAGAAAACCUCUCACUUCUAACCAAAAAAUGAAACCUGGUGUAUUUUUUGUUGUUGAUUUUUUGACCGCAGUUUCCCUGAUCUGUCUUUACUCUGGACUUUUAAAGAUUUGCCCAAGUACUGCAGAAACUCAUUUGUUGCUUUGCAGCCAGUGUUUUUGUUCACCCAUGAAUACUGUAUAUCUGAAUCCUUCAUAUGUAAAUAAUAUUGAUCUUGUCUAUGGUUUUCUGGGAGGGUGCUUGUUAAAUUUUAAGGUUUAAGUAAAGGUUGCUUUUUUUAUGUUA